CAUGGAGAACAGGAUCCUCUACUACAACUUCAACUUGAGGAGCUUCUAUUUCAUCAUCGCUUUCGAUAACUUUAAUAGCCUUUUUACCUCUUCCGCGUCCUCUACCACGUCCUCGGCCUCUGCCUCUACCGCCCCUUCCUCUGCCCCGACCUCUUUUUGGUGCUUCAUCCAUUUUAGAUUUCAUAAAAACUUUUUUAUUAAUAUACUUUAAACGAAAAUGAGGGCGGCUAUUAAUUUAUAAAAUAUUCUAAAUAAACGUUCUUUACAGUUUAUUUAUAAUAAAUUGAAUAAUAGAUUUACAGUUUGGAGGUUAGAUAUCAACAACUGACAAUAGUGACAUUUGACAUGACAUAAAUCACAUGAUAGAGGGAGCCAAGGAUUUUACUAUUAAAAGGUUAGCCUAGUUUAGUUGCUUUCGGUUUGCCAAGCUCCUUUGACACUUUUAACUCCAAACGACCCUUUUAGCGUUCGGUUUAGUCAGAUUAGUGACAGUUCAACACGCUUAAGUGUCAUUUAAAAGCACCCUAAAAUCUCCGCUUCUGUCCCGUUCCAGAACCUGGGGUAGUAUUCUCGAGUCACGAAUAUAGAUUCGCAUGCGAGAUUUAUGAUUUGUCUCACUUGGUUUUCGUUCAACAAAGUGAGACACUUUGUAAAACACGUAUGCGAAUGUCGGUAUUCGUGAAUACUACCCCUGGCCAAACAGAACGCUGCUUUUGUAUAAGGCAAACGGAGUAAUCCAUCUUGUUAGUGUAGUAAACCCUUGGACUUUCGUCACGUUUUCCAUGACAUGAGACAUGACAUAUGUCACUUCUUUCAAGAGCCGUUCUAGAAAUUUAACCUGUCUCAGUGAAAAUUCAGUUGAUUUCGUUUUUAUUAAAUAAUCUGAGAAGAACUAUAAAGUAAUUAUGGCUCUACACGUUCCUAAGGCCCCAGGCUUUUCUCAAAUGCUAAAAGAAGGCGCCAGGCACUAUUCUGGUUUAGAAGAAGCAGUUGUAAGAAAUAUAACAGCAUGUAAAGAAUUUGCGCAUUCAGUUAGAUCUGCGUAUGGCCCAAACGGUAUGAAUAAAUUGGUUAUUAAUCACAUCGAAAAGCAAUUCGUUACUAGCGAUGCAGCCACAAUUAUUAGAGAAUUGGAUGUUGAACAUCCUGCGGCGAAAUUAAUCAUUCUCGGUAGUCAAAUGCAAGAUUCUGAGGUUGGCGAUGGUACUAAUUUUGUGAUUAUUCUCGCUGGAGCUUUGUUAGAACAUUCUGAAGAAUUAAUACGCCUCGGUGUCACACCGACUGAAAUUGCUGAAGGUUUUGAAAAAGGUCUUGAUAAAUGUCUAGAAAUCCUUCCCAAGCUAGUCUGCUAUACAGUUAAAGAUUAUAGAAACCUUGAAGAGGUUAAGAAAGUUUUGAAAACAGCAAUUCAGUCAAAACAAUAUGGAAAUGAAGACUUCCUAGCUGAUCUGAUAGCAAAGGCUUGUGUAUCAGUUCUGCCUGAAGAAACCACCUUUAAUGUUGACAAUGUGAGAAUAUGUAAAGUUUUGGGAUCUGGUUUGAACAGUUCUCAAGUCGUGCAGGGUAUGGUGUUCAAGAGACAAGUUGAAGGAGAGAUUACAAAAGCAGAAAAGGCGAAAAUUGCUGUAUACAGUUGUGCUGUUGAUAUCCUGCAAACAGAAACCAAAGGCACUGUUCUUAUCAAAUCUGCAGAUGAGCUCAUGAAUUUCAGUCGUGGUGAAGAAGACCUUCUUGAAUUACAGAUUAAAGCUAUUGCUGAUACUGGAGCAAAGGUCAUAGUAGCCGGGGCUAAAUUUGGAGACAUGGCUAUGCAUUAUUUGCACAAAUAUGGAUUAAUGGCUGUAAGAUUAAAUUCCAAAUUCGAUCUCAGACGACUUUGCAAAACUGUUGGUGCAACUUGCCUACCUCGUCUCACAGCGCCCACAACUCAAGAACUUGGUUAUGCAGACAUUGUAUGUGUUGAGGAGUUGGGAGAUACUCCCAUCAUUUCAUUCAGAUUGGAGGGAAAAGAAUCUAAAAUAGCUACCAUUGUUAUUAGAGGGGCUACUGAUAACUACAUGGAUGAUAUAGAGCGUGCCAUUGAUGAUGGUGUCAACACAUUUAAAGGUUUGUCACGUGAUCCAAGAUUCGUACCAGGCGCAGGCGCCACCGAAGCCGAAUUAGCCGUCCAUUUAACCCAGUAUGCAGACACCCUUCCUGGUUUAGAACAGUACGCCGUGAGGAAGUUCGCUAGCGCUCUGGAAAGCUUCCCCAAAGCGUUGGCUGACAACAGCGGACACAGAUCGACCGCCGUAUUGGAGAAAAUCCUCGAAGCACAUCAAAACGGUAACAAAAACACAGGCGUCGACAUCGAUUCAGAGAACGCCAUUUGCGACGCCUUAGAAAAGGAUAUUUUGGAUCUGUACCAGGCCAAGUACUGGGGUUUGAAGUACGCCGUAGGUGCUGCGGCGACUAUUUUGAGGGUCGACCAGAUCAUUAUGGCGAAGAGAGCGGGCGGGCCGAAAGCGAGACAACCACAAGGCAGCGAUGAUGAAUCUUGAAUAUCUUAGUAAUAAAUUGUUUAAUUUCUUUUCUUGCUUUGCCUAUCACUCAGUCCCGUAUUAAUAUUUGUUACUGUAAUUUUUUUAAAUUAUUAAUAUUUCUUAACAAAUGUUGGAUGUUUAU